CAGGUGUGUUAAUGUUGUGUUUCCUCAUUACUCUUUGAAUGCGUUCAGUUAUUCCCCUGAUGUAUGGUAAUGUAACUACUCCCCUGUGUUCUUGUUUGUUAGUUUGUUUUUUCCCUUUCUUCUGUGUUUUGUUGUUCUUAACCUGUUCCGCCCCUUUGGAUAUUGCAGGACAACAGUCAUUAUGGACACGGAUGAAUAUGAACGAAAAAAUGAAUGAAUUACUCAGUGACAACGCAUUUGAAAUAUUAAAAAAAGACCCAACAGAAGACAAGAAAAAGAAACUUAAAGCACUACUCAAACCACUACUCGAAGAAAACAAAAUAGACAAGCAGGCUUACAAUCAUUUAGUACCCACAGCCAACGUCAUCCCCAGGAUUUACGGCACACCAAAAAUACACAAACCAGGAACACCAUUACGCCCCAUAGUAGACAGCAUUGGUUCAGUCACAUACAACUUAUCAAAAGCACUCACCGAAAUAAUUAAACCAUUACUAGGACUCACAGACCAACAUUGCAAAAACUCAAAACAACUGGCAGAAGAACUAAAAAACAUCAAAAUGCAGCAAGAUGAAGUUUUCAUAUCACACGACGUCAUAUCUCUUUUCACCAGAACACCCACGGAAGCCACCAUACAGGUAGUACAAGACAAAUUAAAAACAGACAGGACGCUCAAGAAACGCACAAACCUCACUGUACAAGACAUCACUCAGCUCCUUCAAUUCAUCGCCACAUCCACAUACUUUCAGUUCAGGAAUACAAUUUACAGACAGAAGGAAGGUUUUGCCAUGGGAGACCCACUAUCAGCCAUCAUGUGCGGCUUUUUCAUGGAAGAUCUGGAGCAGAAAGCACUCACUACAAUACCAUCGGAAUACAGACCAACACUCUGGAAACGGUAUGUGGACGACAUAUUGGAAAAAGUGAAGAGGGGACACACUCAACAGCUCACCGACCAUCUCAACACCAUAGACAAUACCGGCAAUAUAAAAUUCACACAUGAAGAAGAGACAGAGCAGUCAAUAGCAUUUUUGGAUUUGAAAAUACAACACACGGAAGAUGGGGACAUCAAAAUAAAAGUACACAGGAAACCCACACACACCGACCAAUAUUUAAACUGGACUUCCGAACACCCCAUAAUGCACAAAAUAUCAGUAGUUAGAACAUUACAUGAACGCACAGCAAUAAUUACAGAUUCACAGGACAAAGAACAGGAGGAACAACAUAUACAACACGCACUGAAGGCAUGUCAAUAUCCACAAUGGGCAAUAUCCAAAGGGGCGGAACAGGUUAAGAACAACAAAACACAGAAGAAAGGGAAAAAACAAACUAACAAACAAGAACACAGGGGAGUAGUUACAUUACCAUACAUCAGGGGAAUAACUGAACGCAUUCAAAGAGUAAUGAGGAAACACAACAUUAACACACCUGUCAAACCACACACAACACUCCGUCAGAUCCUGGUUCAUCCCAAAGACAGAAUACAUCCGGACAACAGAUGCAACACCAUAUAUGAGAUUCCAUGCCAAUUAUGCAAUAAAACUUACAUUGGGGAAACAGGAAGGAGUUUCAAUACAAGAAAAAAUGAACAUAAGAAAGAGUGCGAAAAGGAGACAGCUACAAGACAAACCCGAACAAUAAAAGAAAAGGCACAACAGGAAAAUUAUAAGUCAGCUAUAACAGAUCAUUGCAAAAGGGAAAAUCACAUUAUGGACUGGGGGAAUGCCAGAGUCAUCCGCACAGAAGAUAACAAACAUCAGCGCUGGAUCAGGGAGGCCAUGGAGAUCCGUAAGCGAAGCCCGAGGACCAUCAACCGGGAUGAGGGAGCAUACAUGCUCUCCCAUACCUGGAGUGCCAUCUUGCAGGGGACGAACAGACAGUAUAAGGCGUGACCGACCUGUCAAUCCAGACAGGAAGGCCACGCCUUCAGAAACAUCAGCUGAUAAAAGAUGCGUCACCAACAACAUCCGGAGACACUCUGAGGAAGACGGAAGUUAUACGUCGAAACAUGUCAGAUCCUCCAGCUCGAGCAGCUUCGCCUCCACUGCCACUGCCAGUUCCAUAAACGAUGAUGGCAGUAGCUUGAGACAGCAGAAGCUGGAGAAACAGAGAGUGCUUUUGGAGCAAAAACAGCGGCGAAAGCGCCAGGAGCCAUUAAUGGUGCAACCGAACCCAGAAGCUCGUCCACGCCGUUCUCGUCCACGCCGCAGUGAGGAACAGGCUCUACUUGUCAAUUCCCACCUCAGCAUCACCAAUGAUGUCAUCUUUGAUGCAGGUAUUGAUGGACCUGCAGCUUUUUUGGGUUCGGAGGCUUCUGAUACGGGUACAAAUAUCCCAGUGCAGUCAGUCAGCCCACCACAGAAGCCCUCUUCCCCUCCAUCUGAGGAGCCUGAGAGAGAUGGAGACACUGAAACAUUGCUGGAACCCAAAACAGACAUACACACACUGCUACAAAGACGGGGACUCUCAGACAGCAUGAACUAUGAUGAAGUUAGUGAUGAUGACAAUGAUGAUGAAGACGGAGCCAAUUCUCUUUCUCCUAAUACAGAGUCCACACGUCCUGCCUCUGCAUCUAGCACCAAGUCCAGCACAGAGUGUGUGACUGUGGCCUCAUCCACAGCAGAAGGCCCCUCCAUUGAGGUGGACAAUCUGGAGGAAUUUGUACUGCGACCGGCCCCACGUGGUGUUACAGUCAAGUGCCGUAUCACCCGUGAUAAGAAGGGAAUGGACCGUGGCCUAUACCCAACCUACUUUAUGCACCUGGAGAGAGAGGACGGCAAGAAGUUGUUCCUCUUGGCUGGCAGAAAGAGGAAAAAGAGUAAGACCUCCAACUAUCUGAUAUCAGUAGAUGCCACAGAUCUGUCUCGUGAGGGUGAGAGCUUUGUGGGAAAAUUGAGAUCAAAUCUGAUGGGGACUAAGUUCACUGUGUAUGAUAACGGCACAAACCCCAGCAAGAACUCUGGAGCUCUGCUGGAAGAGAGCAAUACACGGCAGGAACUAGCAGCUAUCUGCUAUGAAACCAAUGUACUUGGAUUUAAAGGCCCACGCAAGAUGACUGUCAUCAUCCCUGGCAUGAACAUGAACUUUGAGCGUGUUCCUGUUCGACCUACAAAUGAUCAGGAGUCUUUAUUGAGUAAAUGGCAAAAUCGUUCACUGGAGAACCUAAUUGAGUUGCACAAUAAAGCUCCAGUGUGGAAUGACGAUACACAGUCCUAUGUGCUCAACUUCCAUGGAAGGGUCACACAGGCUUCUGUCAAAAAUUUUCAGAUCGUCCAUGACAAUGAUCCGGACUACAUCGUGAUGCAGUUUGGUCGUGUUGCUGAGGAUGUGUUCACAUUAGACUAUAACUACCCCAUGUGUGCACUACAAGCCUUCGCUAUCGGCCUGUCCAGUUUUGACAGCAAACUGGCCUGCGAAUGAUUUAUGCUAUCCCUAAUAUCUUUAUCUGUAACACAUACAAGCACACGGUCCCCUGAGUCAUUCAGUCCAUUCAUUCCAUAGCUGGGAUAGUUUUCUCCUAUUUCUUUGCUCUCUCCUUUCUGAAACUCUACUAUGCUCCUUCACAUCUAUUCAUAAUUUUAUGCUUCAGCUCUGAUUAUAGUGAAGAAACCUAAAGUAACAGAAGAUACACAUCUUGCAAAAACUCCUGCCUCCUAAACAAUAUUUCAUCAAGGAGAGAAAUUAUAAGUUCAAGUUCCUUUAUUGUUACAUAUUCCAGAAAUACAGUGAAAUUCUUGUGCCACAGUUGCAGUAGGGGGUGGGUGGGUAGUGCAUAGGUAUUUAAAAAAAAAAAGACCAACAAAAACAGUGUAUAACAUUACAACAUACAGACAUUAUGAUACCUCAUAAAAUAUUGUGCGUAUAUAUAUACAACCCCGAUUCCAAAACAGUUGGGACAAAGUACAAAUUGUAAAUAAAAACGGAAUGCAAUGAUGUGGAAGUUUCAAAAUUCCAUAUUUUAUUCAGAAUAGAACAUAGAUGACAUAUCAAAUGUUUAAACUGAGAAACUGUAUCAUUUAAAGAGAAAAAUUAGGUGAUUUUAAAUUUCAUGACAAUAACACAUCUCAAAAAAGUUGGGACAAGGCCAUGUUUACCACUGUGAGCCAUCCCCUUUUCUCUUUACAACAGUCUGUAAACGUCUGGGGACUGAGGAGACAAGUUGCUCAAGUUUAGGGAUAGGAAUGUUAACCCAUUCUUGUCUAAUGUAGGAUUCUAGUUGCUCAACUGUCCUAGGUCUUUUUUGUCGUAUCUUCCGUUUUAUGAUGCGCCAAAUGUUUUCUAUGGGUGAAAGAUCUGGACUGCAGUCUGGCCAGUUCAGUACCCGGACCCUUCUUCUACGCAGCCAUGAUGUUGUAAUUGAUGCAGUAUGUGGUUUGGCAUUGUCAUGUUGGAAAAUGCAAGGUCUUCCCUGAAAGAGACGUCGUCUGGAUGGGAGCAUAUGUUGCUCUAGAACCUGGAUACCUUUCAGCAUUGAUGGUGUCUUUCCAGAUGUGUAAGCUGCCCAUGCCACACGCACUAAUGCAACCCCAUACCAUCAGAGAUGCAGGCUUCUGAACUGGGCGCUGAUAACAACUUGGGUCGUCCUUCUCCUCUUUAGUCCGAAUGACAUGGCGUCCCUGAUUUCCAUAAAGAACUUCAAAUUUUGAUUCGUCUGACCACAGAACAGUUUUCCACUUUGCCACAGUCCAUUUUAAAUGAGCCUUGGCCCAGAGAAGACGUCUGCGCUUCUGGAUCAUGUUUAGAUAUGGCUUCUUCUUUGAACUAUAGAAUUUUAGCUGGCAACGGCGGAUGGCAUGGUGAAUUGUGUUCACAGAUAAUGUUCUAUGGAAAUAUUCCUGAGCCCAUUUUGUGAUUUCCAAUACAGAAGCAUGCCUGUAUGUGAUGCAGUGCCGUCUAAGGGCCCGAAGAUCACAGGCACCCAAUAUGGUUUUCCGGCCUUGACCCUUACGCACAGAGAUUCUUUCAGAUUCUCUGAAUCUUUUGAUGAUAUUAUGCACUGUAGAUGAUGAUAUGUUCAAACUGUUUGCAAUUUUACACUGUCAAACUCCUUUCUGAUAUUGCUCCACUAUUUGUCGGCGCAGAAUUAGGGGGAUUGUUGAUCCUCUUCCCAUCUUUAUUUCUGAGAACCGCUGCCACUCCAAGAUGCUCUUUUUAUACCCAGUCAUGUUAAAGACCUAUUGCCAAUUAACCUAAUGAGUUGAAAUUUGGUCCUCCAGCUGUUCCUUUUUUGUACCUUUAACUUUUCCAGCCUCUUAUUGCCCCGUCCCAACUUUUUUGAGAUGUGUUGCUGUCAUGACAUUUCAAAUGAGCCAAUAUUUGGCAUGAAAUUUCAAAUUGUCUCACUUUCGACAUUUGAUAUGUUGUCUAUGUUCUAUUGUGAAUACAAUAUCAGUUUUUGAGAUUUUUAAAUUAUUGCAUUCCGUUUUUAUUUGCAAUUUGUACUUUGUCCCGGGCGGCACGGUGGUGUAGUGGUUAGCGCUGUCGCCUCACAGCAAGAAGGUCCUGGGUUCGAGCCCCGGGGUCGGCGAGGGCCUUUCUGUGCGGAGUUUGCAUGUUCUCCCCGUGUCCGCGUGGGUUUCCUCCGGGUGCUCCGGUUU